AUGGCAACCACUCGUACUUCACCCCGUACCUCUUCAAAAACACAUGGCAAGGGUGUGACAUCAAGCCAAAAGUCACCUGUCCACAAAUGCACUUGGGAUAGUGACAACACUAAGCUGUACCUACAACUUGUCCUUGGUGAAAUGAAGAAAGGUAACCGACAACUAUGUGCCUUAUCUAGCACUGGGUGUAAGAAUAUUGCCAAUAAGUUCUAUGAGAAAACCGGAAUGCGACAUUCGGCCAAACAAAUUAAAAACAAAUAUGACAAUCUGAAAAAAGAUUGGGUUGCCUGGAAAAAGUUACAAGAUGCUAGUCAAGGCUUCACAGGAAUAGGAUAUGACCAGGCCACGGGUUUGUUCACAGCACCUGAGCAUUGGUGGGCGAAAAUGGAAGCGAUGAACCAACGAUGUGCAAAGUUCAAGACAAAGCCCUUGGAGCACUUGGAGCUUAUGGAAAUGGUGUACUCGGGCGCUUCUGCAACAGGAAAACAUGCAUGGACCCCAACUGAAAUCCGUGAUGAUGAUGUGGUCGCCAAUGAUGCAGACGCUGACAGUGGCAUGGCACCUCUUAGUGAUGGCACACCACCUAUUACGGUGCCUGAUAGAGGCGGCGAAAAUGUGGUCGAUUCUUCGCUAUUUGAUGAUGCUCCCCCACAGUCCACUGUAGAUGGAUCAGCCAACGCAAAGCGUCGAAAGAGGGCAGCCCCUAGUACAGUGGCCAGCAGCGUGGACAACCUUGUGGAGGUUGUUAGCAAACAAAGCAGGGAGCUGAAAGUCACCCAAUAUGUUGUGACAGGAAGGGGCGAGAACACUGUUGGGGAUUGUCUUGCGAGGCUUAUGAAUGUUGCAGGAUUGGAGCUGGGUGGUCCGUUAUUUUCGUUUGCAUGCUCGCUAAUGGAUUCACCGGACAACCGCGACGUCAUGAUGGGCCUCCCCGUUGAUUGCAUUGUUGCGUGGUUAAAAGAGAAGCGUGCCAUAUGUCAUCCAACUGUUGUCAGUGGAACCCGCGGUGUAUCUCUAUUUGGGCGGGAUGGGGUGCUUGACCUUAAUUAA